AUGGAAGUGUUCACGAGGUUCGGCCUGCCUAGCGUGUCGGUGUCCGACAUUGGCCCCCAGUUUGCCUCAGCCGAAAUGGCCCAGUUCCUGCAGCGGUUGGGCAUCCAGCACAAUCGAUCAAACCCACGCUACCCCAGAUGUAAGGGAAUUGUGGAACGUCUUGAUCGAGUCAUCAAAGAGAGAAUUCAAUCCUUACGACCGUCCCUGUCUUUGCAACGCCGUUUGAAACGAGUUCUCUUUGAUAUUCGCAACUCAGUGCACCAAAUGCUGGGCAUGUUACCCAAUGAGGCUUUCUUCGGUCGCAUGGUUCGCACCCGUCUACCUCACCAUUCUACCUCACGCAUUGUGAACGCGUCUCAUCAGAUUCGCGCCAAAGCUGACAUGGCAGUCUCGCAUGAUAGUCGCCGUGGUGUCCGCCAGUUGCCUAUGCUGCGUCCCGGCACAAUGGUAGUCUUGCAGGAUGGCUAUUCCGACCCAAUUACCCCUUGGCGUGUUACGGAGCAAUAUGGCAGACAAGUCGGUGUCACUGAUGGCAGGCGGACACUGCUCCGAAAUCGGCAGCAUAUGCGAGAACAUGCUUCACCUGCGUCAUCAACUGCCACCUGUUCUCGGUCUUUGGAUCUCCAGCCAGUUCCGACGCCAGAUCUGCAGCCAGGCACAGAGUUUGAUGUGUCUUCAGCGAGUUGA